AUGUCAGAUAAUGACGACGAUUAUAUGUGUGAAGAGGAAGAAGAUUAUGGAUUGGAAUAUUCAGAAGACAGCAAUACGGAACCUGAUGUUGAUCUAGAGAACCAGUACUAUAAUAGCAAAGCUUUAAAAGAGGAUGAACCUCAAGCAGCACUACUUAGCUUCCAAAAGGUCUUAGAACUAGAAGGUGGUGAUAAAGGAGAAUGGGGUUUCAAGGCACUUAAGCAAAUGAUAAAAAUCAAUUUCAAACUGGGAAAUUUCACUGAAAUGAUGUCUAGGUACAAACAGCUGCUAACAUACAUUAAAAGUGCAGUCACAAGAAAUCAUUCGGAAAAGUCCAUCAACUCUAUACUGGAUUAUAUAUCAACAUCAAGAAAUAUGGAAUUACUGCAGGACUUUUAUGAAACUACAUUAGAGGCUUUAAAGGAUGCCAAAAAUGAUAGAUUGUGGUUUAAGACAAACACAAAACUAGGCAAAUUAUAUUAUGACAGAGGAGAUUUCAACAAAUUAGCCAAGAUACUAAAACAGUUACAUCAGAGCUGUCAAACUGAUGAAGGUGAAGAUGACCUGAAGAAAGGCACCCAACUCCUCGAGAUAUAUGCACUAGAGAUACAAAUGUACACUGCACAAAAAAACAAUAAGAAACUUAAGGCACUAUAUGAACAAUCCUUGCAUAUAAAGUCUGCAAUCCCACAUCCACUUAUUAUGGGUGUUAUAAGAGAAUGUGGGGGUAAAAUGCACUUACGCGAAGGCGAGUUCGAGAAGGCCCAUACGGAUUUCUUCGAGGCUUUUAAGAACUACGACGAGUCAGGCAGCCCGCGCCGCACCACCUGUCUCAAGUACCUGGUAUUGGCAAAUAUGUUAAUGAAAUCCGGGAUUAAUCCGUUCGACUCGCAAGAGGCAAAGCCCUAUAAGAACGAUCCAGAAAUACUAGCAAUGACAAACCUAGUGAUGGCAUAUCAGAACAACGACAUCAACGACUUCGAAGCCAUACUCAAGCACAACCGAAAUAACAUUAUGGAUGAUCCCUUCAUACGGGAACAUAUAGAAGACCUGCUGAGGAACAUCCGCACCCAGGUCCUCAUUAAGCUCAUCGGCCCCUACACCCGUAUACACAUACCAUUUAUCUCCAAGGAACUCAAUAUUGACGAAAAGGAUGUGGAAAAUCUUCUCGUCACCUGCAUUCUUGAUAACACGAUCAGCGGGCGCAUCGACCAGGUGAACUCCGUGCUGGAGCUGGCGAGCGGCGCGCGCGGCGCCGCGCGCUACCUCGCGCUCGACAAGUGGACCGCGCAGCUCGCCUCGCUGCACCUCGCGCUCGCCAACAAGAUGGCG